AUGUUGCCACGACUCAAGACGCUCUUUCCUCUGAGCCGUCGUGGUGCUUCUACCGCUUCAGCAAAGAUAUCAGAAGCUUCCAAACAGUCUACCCCUCCACCUUCAGAAUUUUCAGAUACCGCCCCGCCUAGACGAAAAUAUCGGGAUGAGAUCUCAGUGUUGCGGGCCCUAUCGAAAUGCGUCAGACCCCACCUCGGCUUACCCGCCUACGGCUGUGCGAUUGAGCCAUGGCUGGGUGCUGGAGGUUCCAGGGAGAGAUCGAAUAAGUUGGCGAAGGCGGCAGGAAGGAAUGCUGCUAGACACGUGGCACGAACCCUGCUGGCGAAUGAUCUCACUGCUUUGGUCACCGAGGCAAGUCAAUAUGUCAGACUCAUUUCCAUCAAGAUUAAUUAUAUGUUGCCGAUGGACGAUUUAUAUUCGAUAUAUUGUGCGAUUAGUUUCAAGGUCUAUGAAUGGGGAGCUCUUGAGUUCAUUAUCGAUUUCUCCUAUCUAAAUGCUCACUUCUUCAACCGACUACCUUUUAGCUGCAGGUAUCAUAUCACCAGUGGGAGUAUUCACAUCAUCCUAUUGAUUGGCUUUUUCUCAUUUUCACAGGUGCCACGAAUAGACACUCUGGUUCCCCUCCAAACUGGAGAAUCGAUACGCAAGGAGCUGACUGAAGGUGUAAUCAAUGAGCAGGAGGCGAUGGAGCGUUUACUCCUGCUUCUAGCUCCAAAAGACGCCUGGGCUCUCUACAGAGAUGUGACCAAUGUGAAAUGGGAUUCAGCCACUCUCCAUCGACUCCUUGACCUUCUAUGCGCCACUAAUAGCGGCAAUGGAGGAGCUGAUUUCUUCGAACAUCUUCCCUUUGUUGACCGUGGUUCUCUUCCCGAACCUGAAGAACUGUUCUAUGCUGCGGAGACUCGGAUUUUCAGCACUCUCAGAAACGCUGCAGAAACUCCUGCCGAUGAAGCGCUCCCCACUCCUGUUGUGGCUGCAGCCGAUGACUCUGGAGUUGAUGCGGAGAAUUUGGAAUCGCUUCAAAGUACGGAUGCCCAACUAGAGAAAGUGGAAUUGCCAGAAGACGAAUCAGUUGUUGAGGAAAUUCUCCAAGCUGAAGUUUCUUCCUGGCACAAGGGAUGUCCUGCUGAACUGCUCUUCUCCCAGCAUCCAGAUAUUCUCCGAACUCCAGCUGCUUACACUGCUAUGAUCCGUGGUGCAGCUCGUUUUGGCGCUGCAGACCGGGCAUGGGAAAUGGCCAAAGAAGCCCUCAAUUCAUCCAUCAAGCUUCCUCUCUGCGUGUAUAAUGACCUCCUACGUUGUGCCUACGAGUACUCAAUUGAAGAAGACAUCUGGACUCGAUUACUGGAAGGUUUUGAACUCCUCAGAGCUUCCAACCUACGUCCUGAUGCGAUCACAUUCUCUUCAGCUCUUUACUCUCUCCAUAAAAGUAAUCUGGAUGCUGUGGGCAAGGAGGAUGGGCCACUGAAAAAUGUUGCAGAUAAGGCCCUCGGUUUACUGGAAGAAGCUAAACGCCUUGGAAUCCAACCUACUCUGGGUCUUUAUGCUAAUCUAUUGAGAACGUUGGUGUCUACCAGGAUUUCAAAAAGCGGACAAGCUUAUCGUCUAAAUGAGAUUUUGGCCGACAUUCUAGCUGAUGUUGAAAACAACUGGGAUUUUCUGAGUCGAGGUGAUGUCUUUUCUUCCGUGGAUGAUUAUGAAUUUGCGAGUACAGCUUUGUUCUGUGCCACUGUCGGCACUUCUAGCGGUAAUUCGUCUCGUCUUGUUCAACGAAUAUAUGAUCUCGUUCAUACACGAUGUGGCGAUAGGAGAUUUUUAUUCAGGAACAGUGUUGACGCUCGAGGAUUUUACACGCGAUAUCUCACAACCGUGGUGCAUAAUGCUACUGGUGGAGUUAAUGAGUUGGCUACAAUCUAUCACAAUCACCGUCAAAUCUUUCACGGGAAUCAGAGAGUUUACGAGGUUCUUGUCCAUCGCUUGAAAGCAGCUAUAUCCACAUGGACAAGUGCGUUGGAAAAAGUGAAUUCAAGUGAGACGGAAUUUGAUAGAGCGAUGCUUAAAAAUCUGGAAGGGGAGGCUUCUAAAGCCUUUGAGACGCUGGGUGAAAUGCUAUUUGACUUCGUGGCAAUGUCAGUUAGGAUGCCUCAACGAUUGCCCUCUUACAUCUCCGAUUCAUUGAUGACUUUCUCUUCUGUCGAUCCAUGGAUAGAAGUUCGUACCCCCCUUCUUCCUGGCGGAGGUUGUCUUCGAUUUAUUUCUGAAGUGGGUUGCCGCAGUGCUCAUAAAGCAGCCUUGGCUUUCACCGAGCUCAUUCGUUGCCACGAGGCCCGUUUAGCUAAUUCCUCCUCUGCUAAUGCUCGACCGUUCACGCCCCUGAAAACAGCUGAAUUAACCGCUCUUGUUCGCAUGGCCCUUCAUCUGACCGCAUUUAAUACGGCUGGACCAGAUGGUCAACAAACUGUCGCUCAACGAGAGGCUAACGAGAGAGCUCUGAACUGUGCCAGUGACUUGCUGCUGCUAAAUAAGGAUUCAAUGACCGGGGAGAGAUCAAGAACUUCAGACGUCGCUGCAAUGGAGAUUAAAUGCACCUUUUUCCCAUAUAGUGAACAGGUAUGGAGUUUACUGGAAUACCUCGCUGGCUUGAAAGACAUAAGCGGACGCUGUGCUCAGCACAUCUUUGUGGAAGACGGUUCUCUUUGGAGGGUUCUUGAUGCAGCGGAAGCAAGUUUGGUCCCGGAAGGAAAAAAUCAGGCUGAGGUUGGAAUUUCGGCAAACUCACCACGGGUUCAGAUUAUCAGCGCUGUUCGCAGGAAAUUUAAAGAGCAUGUUGCAUCAAAUGCCCCCGAACACUGA